CGCCACCUUCAUCACCAUCCCUUUUCCAUUCAAUAUCUCUCGCUUUCACUCUUCCGUCUUCCUUUCAUUCCCAUUUCUGUUUGUGCCAUGGCAGGAACUGGAGUGGUUGCUGUUUAUGGAAACGGGCAAAUGACAGAGACCCACAAAUCCCCUUUCUCCGUUAAGGUCGGGCUGGCGCAAAUGCUCCGUGGCGGGGUCAUUAUGGACGUCGUCAAUGCCGAACAAGCUCGUAUUGCUGAAGAAGCCGGAGCCUGCGCCGUCAUGGCUCUCGAACGUGUCCCCGCCGAUAUCCGUGCCCAAGGCGGCGUGGCGCGGAUGAGUGACCCACAACUCAUCAAGGAAAUAAAGCAGGCUGUUACUAUCCCUGUCAUGGCCAAGGCUCGUAUUGGUCAUUUCGUUGAGGCCCAGAUCCUUGAAGCCAUCGGGAUUGAUUAUGUCGACGAGAGCGAGGUUCUCACCCUGGCUGAUGAAGAGAACCACAUUAACAAACAUAAUUUCCGGAUUCCUUUCGUUUGUGGGUGCCGGAAUUUGGGGGAAGCGCUCCGGAGAAUCCGAGAAGGAGCCGCCAUGAUUCGAACCAAAGGAGAAGCCGGGACCGGGAAUAUUAUCGAAGCUGUUAGGCACGUUAGAUCCGUGAUGGGGGAUAUUAGAGCUCUUAGGAGCAUGGAUGACGAUGAGGUUUUCACCUUCGCUAAGAAAAUCCAGUCUCCCUACGACUUGGUUAUGCAGACAAAACAGCUUGGGAGGUUGCCGGUGGUGCAGUUCGCAGCCGGUGGAGUGGCGACGCCAGCCGAUGCAGCGUUGAUGAUGCAGCUGGGCUGUGAUGGAGUGUUUGUAGGCUCCGGGGUUUUCAAGAGCGGUGACCCGGCUAAACGCGCCCGGGCCAUUGUUCAGGCCGUCACUCAUUACAGUGACCCGAACGUGCUUGCUGAUGUUAGCUGUGGGCUCGGUGAGGCUAUGGUCGGUCUUAAUUUGACUGAUAAGAAGGUCGAGCGGUUCGCAGCUCGAUCCGAUUAGUUAUCAAAGGAAUCCUUUGGUCGAUCAACCAUCAUAUCAAGUGCUAUUGUUCCAGUUUAUCAUAGUUUAAGUGUAGUCUCUCAUACAGGGGGCGAUGUAAUGUUCAUCACCGGCUGUUUCCUUAUCUAGAAUUUGAUAUUUUAAAGAUUUGCUAGGAAUAAAACAGCUUGUUUCUGAAUUUCUGCAACUAUACUGAUGUAUUUUCUUAUCGAUUAGGCUCUAUAGAAGCUUUACCUGCAGUUUCACUU